AUGUCCCUCCCCUCUUCCCUACGUGCUGUCUUUUGUUUCCGAACCUUUCCAACAACGUUUCUUAUAGUUCUCAUAUACUUGACGACAUUUCUCUCUCUUUAUUUUACGGAUCAACUUGCAUCCGUGCCAGGUAUUGCCAAGCAGCAUGCGUAUGGGUUGAGUCUGGACGAAGCUUAUCGAGAUUUACAUCUGAUUACAGCGCAACCACAUCCAUAUAACUCGCGCGAGAAUGAUCGCGUCCGGUCAUUUCUCCUCGAUCGCGUUUCUGCAAUCGCCGAAAAUCAUAACCAUAUGACUGUCUUAGAUGAUUCUCAGACAUCAGUAUCAUUCAUCGACGGUGCUCACGUAGCAUACUUUGAGGGCAACAACAUUCUUGUCAAGAUUGAUGGCCAUGACGAGGACUCCAAGGCCAACGGAGUCCUGUUCUCUGCGCACUUUGACUCCGUAUCGACAGGACCUGGGGCAACUGACAAUGGCAUGAGCGUUUCAGCUCUACUUCAGAUGAUUAAGUAUCUCGCAACCCAUAGACCUCGUCGCACCGCUGUGUUCAACAUAAAUAAUGGCGAAGAAGAUGGACUCCAUGGGGCACAUGCAUUCUUGGAACACUCGUGGUCGAAUUUGACUUCAACCUUUUUGAACUUUGAAGGGGCAGGGGCGGGAGGACGACCUCUUUUGUUUCGUACUACCUCCCUUGUCGAACUUCAAGCCUUCAGGAAUGUCCCUCAUCCUCACGCCAAUGCUCUGACUGCGGAUGCCUUUGCCCGAGGCGUUGUACGGUCUGAGACAGACUACGCGGUUUACUCGGGUCCCAAGGGAACGCGCGGGCCUCAUACUAACCAAAAUGAUAUGGGGACAUCUGCCUAUAAGGGACCAGGAGGCGGUAUGCGAGGUGCUGAUGUUGCGUUCUAUCGCAGAAGGGCAAAAUAUCACACACCGGACGACUCCGUACGCUCUAUGGGCAGAGAUGGUGGACGGAGGGCCCUCUGGGCCAUGAUGGAGUUAGUUCAAGGUGCCGGGGAUACCUUGCUGAAUGCAGACACGCAGAAUGAAGAUGUGGGAGAUGUUGUGAGUGAGAAGGAAGGCAUUGUAUACUUCGAUCUAUUUGCAAGCUACUUGAUCGCAUUCCCACUUCGCCUUCUUCUUGCUGCUAAUAUUGUCCUGCUGUCCGGUGGUCCCUUAGUUAUUGCCAUACUUGCAUUCUCUUUAUCGCGCCAGUCAAUACUCGCUCGCCAAGCACAGCCGGAGAAGCGAUGGAUUGAUGGGUUGCAGGGUUUUGGACGUUUUCCAUUCGCUCUUGUAUUGACCGUCGGUGCCCAAGUUGGGCUGGUGGUGGGCUACAUUGAAUUAAACCCAUACACAAUUCAUGCUCAUGCGCUCGCGACCACAUUAUCAAUGUUCUCACUCUCCUACUUGACCUUAGCGAUCCCUUUGUCAUUGGCGGAGAAGGUCCGCCCCGUGACGCCUGCGAGGCAGAAGUCCAUUGUCCUCUUUGAGUUAUAUGCCAUGACCUGGGUUCUCCUUCUCGGCGCGACCGUACUCAUUCAGCGCACGAAUAUCACAGGUUUGUACUGGGUUGGAGCAUGGAAUGCGUGCGCAUUUCUAGCUGUCAUAAUCAGCUCUGCAGAAGGUUUAAUGGGAACAGGAAAAGCCGGACGCGAAGUACGCAUCCCUACGACUAGCGCAGGCGAUGAUCUAGAUGUGCAGGGUGAGGGUAGCGGCGCAGUACUAGAUGAUUCUUCCGGUAAUGCUCGGCAUCAAUCUGGAGAAGGGGUGGGUGGAGAUAUGUCGGAGGAGCUCGAUACCUCUGAGACGACCCCGCUCAUCAGGCAUCGUGCUUCUGCAAUCUUAAAGUCCGAACAAAUCCUGGACAAAGGCGCUCAGGAUAGAGCAUCCUUCUGGUGGAUCUCGGAGGUGAUGUUAUCCCUACCUAUUCCCGUGAUUCUACUCGGGGCACUUGCUUUCUUGUGGACCGGAGCUAUGCCUCAAACCGUCGUCGAUGGAGGCUGGGUUGGCACCGUAUAUGCGCCCUUGUCCGUGCUCUCUGUUCUUAUUCUUAUUCCUCUGUCGCCGUUUGCCCACAAAUUACACCACUCGCUCACUCUUCUCGUAUUUGUCGUGUUUGCGGCGGCGACAGCAUAUGCAUGGCUAAUUUGGCCAUUUGACUCCGACGGCGCGCGGUGCAAAAUGUUUUUCAGUAGUCGCGUUGAACUGGCGAAUCUCUCAUUCUCUGCAGGCAGUCUGACCCAGUCACAGGGUUCAGCGAAUGAGCUUUACCGGCCAGCGGUGGUGCGCGCUAUAACGGAAUUGACUGGAGUUGCACCCUACGUUGAGCGCGCUGUCAAGGAGUUGCCUUCGUCAUGGCGAAGCAGGGACGUUCACUGUGAAGACAAUUUGCUUCGAAAUGGGCAGCAGACUUGCUCUUGGGAAGUUGACCAAUCUUUGCUGCCUGCGCCGUCUGAUCCGUCAUACCUUCGUUGUACCACGAAGGACAAUCACACGACCUUCGAUCGCUGUGAGGACAUACAGAAGGAGAUGGGACCUAAACCGGCGUGGAUCUAUUUCAAUGGGACGAGGAUCGACGAGUCGUCUGCGCGCUUUGUGGUCCACGGAACAAAUACACGCGCCUGCAGAAUUCACCUUGAUGGACUCGAUAUCAAACGAUACCGCGUCCUAUCAUCUAAGUCUCCAGGCGCCCGCAAAGAGAAGGCAGACUGGCAUGAAUUCGAGAUUCCAGGAGGUGUUAGUGUUAGUGAGGUGCGGCUUUGGAGCAGAGAGUGGGAGCGCACAUUCCAUGUAGAAGUCGAGUGGGAAGAAAACGGGAAAGUCGAUGGGAUUGGAGGGAGCGUCGCCUGUUCUUGGGCGGAACAUCAAGGUGGGUGGAUCACCGGUGUCGCGCACGGCUUGCAUGAUGGUUUGAAGUUAUAUGGUGACGAAAACAUGGGUGCGCGCAUUCCAGCGUUGGAGGAGGCAUUGACGUUUGUGCCGGAAUGGGCAACUUUGACAAAGUUGAGAGACGGGCUGGUGGACGCUGUAGUCGGUUUCAAACUAUGAUACUGCUUCAUCUAAGUGUUGUUCUUGACCUACUCAUCUUUAUAGCUGUAAUUAUAUGUCUUCUUGUGAAUCUUCUUCUGAUUUUCGUUACUGC